GGACGGCCGUGCCCCUCAGGAGCAACAUGGCCGACUUCGAUACGAUAUAUGAGCUGGACGAGGAGGACGAGCGGGUGGUGAUGGAUGAACAUUUGAUCCGAUAUACUCCCGACCCUGUGGUGGUGCGAGGGGCUGGCCAUAUAACUGUGUUUGGCCUCAGCAACAAAUUUGAUCCAGAAUUUCCUUCUGUGCUUACAGGGAAGGUGGCUCCAGAGGAGUACAAGAUGAGUAUUGGUCGGGUAAAUGGAUGUUUAAAGAAAAAUCUUCCCAUCAAUGUGAAGUGGCUUCUGUGUGGUUGUCUAUGUUGCUGUUGCACCUUGGGCUGCAGUUUGUGGCCUGUCAUCUGUCUCAACAAAAGAACAAGAAGAUCAAUACAAAAGCUGUUAGAAUGGGAGAACAACAGAUUGUACCACAAGCUUGGUUUGCACUGGAAGUUAAGUAAAAGGAAAUGUGAGUCCAGUAACAUGAUGGAAUAUGUAAUACUAAUAGAAUUCUUACCAAAAUUUCCUAUAUUCCGACCGGACUGAGAAAAGCUUCAGUUGUCGAAGUAACAGCAUAUCAUUCCCGCCCUUAGUGCCUUGUAGAUAUAUGAACAGAUGACUGCCAAUACAGCUGUUUUAACAAUAAUCUACCGUGGUGAUUGUAGAUACCUUUCUAACCUACUUUCCUUCUUUCACGAAGCACAUUUUGCACAUGUAUUAUUUUCCCUUUCUCUAAAAUGUUGCACUCAAUCUGUUACAGCAUUCACUUGUUGAAUGUGGAGAUGUUCACUUUGGGGGGAAAAAUAACUCAAAUCUUGUACGUAGUGCUUCAGUCCAUACUGUACAGUGGCUAUAUUAAUGUUUACAGAAUGUAAUGUUGCUCCUUUUACUUCACCCCAAGAAUCUAAAAAUAUGGAAGGACAUUUUAAUUAAUUAUGAAUUUUUGUGCAGAUUUUAAUCUGUAUACUAUAUUCAUAAUAGGAUUAGCAAUGCAACUGGAUGAAGAAGUGCCUUUAUUAUAGUAAGACAUAAUUUGCAUUGAAGUAAUGUACACUGCAUGUGAAAAACCGCUAAGGAAGUGGAUUAGAUAAAACUGUUAUUUCUGUGUUAGAACUUAAGUAUUCACAUAAUUGUUGGCAUCUACAGGUAACUAAAUUGUUAUUAAUUACAGCAAAAGUUUUGAAUAUUAUUUUAAUUUGGAUGAAGGAUGAAAUGGAAGAUUCACUGUAUGGUGCUUAUUAGAAUGGAGUACCAUGGUUAACAUGUUUCUCUCAACCCCAUAAUCAUCGUUUAACCUCUGCUUUGCCUGAGUAGUUUUGCUGAAACUGAAAGCCAUUUCACAUUUGAGAAUCACUUUUAGUGGUGACACCUUUCUUUUUCAUCACAUUGCUAAAUAAGGAUUUUAUAUAUUGUGAAGUUUUUAUUAUGAAAGAAGAAUCCAUUAUCAAUAUUUAUGUCAACAAGAGUUUUUAAUUUCUCUUCCUUCAAAGCAUACGCCUGGAGUCAUUGUUGCCAUUCUAUGCAGAUUUAGGGGACAGAAUUAGUAAACAUGCCAAUUAAUUGUUGCUAAAUUAUUAGGAAUAUUAAUUUUGCUGAAUUUUAUUUUUUAAUUAAGCACAGUUUUUAGUAAGUGGUGUUAGACACUUUGCAAACCUUUUGAGGCGCCAAAAUUCCUUAGUGUCUCAUUGAAUUUGCCUUUGUAGACUUUCAGUAACGCCUUUUUGCUUCAAGGAUAUAUUAACUAGUGUCAUACUUUUUUGCAACUUGAGGCAGAACGUUAUGAACCUUUUUUUUAGUACAUGUACCUGCUACACUUCUACUGUGUUCUGUAACAAUGUUUCUUAGUUGACCGUAUAGAUACAGAGAGGGUGUCUCAUUUUAAGUGUUAGAGCCUUUGUUGCACUGAAGCUCAUCUCUCCAGUAGCCAAAAUCUCAUCACAAAAUCCAGCUACAGUUUUACUGAUGUUUUAGUUCAUUUGCCUCCACUGCUCUUCAUGCAAACUAUUGCAAAGCUUAAAGAUCAUCCUUUUGAAUUUUACAUUUGUCCUUUUUAAUCUUUCCUCUUACUUACAUUGAUAUACAUUAACAUUAUACAUUUUUUUUAAGGUAGUUUGUUGAGUUGCAGCUCCUGUUUGGUUUCUGUCUCCAGUCCCCAUUCCUAACUCGUACUUCAAAUUAACGCACUUUUUAUUGUCAAAACUCAUAUUUGUCUGUUUGCAAUUUUAAAACCAAAAUCAAUCUGAAAUAUAAAUUUAGCACACGAAUUUUAGCCACUUAUUGUUAAAUUAAGUAAAUUUGAUCUAUAGAUGUGGUGAAGUGCCAAAUUAGCUAAGUGGUUUACCUGUGGAAAUAGUUGUGUUUAUGACUAUCAUUACCUACAUAUUUGCCAGUUAAUCAGAAAAGACAGAUUUUAGGAUAAUUUGCUGUUCAAUUCACCUUGAUUUUUAUUCUGCAGAUUAUCACUGCCCAACCAAUUUGCAUAUUAUUUUACAGUAACUUCUAAUAUGAAGGGAAAUUUGGUUCGCAAGAGCCAAAGUCAUGGUCAUGACCAUAAUCUCUCUGUCUUGUCUUAUUUUAAUUUUGGCAUGUCAUUUAUCUAACUCUAAAUGGGUUAUUUAAAGACUAUCUUAUUGCAACAAUGCUGUUUAAAGUGAUAGUAAGAAAGGGAUAUGUACUGGAUUGCUCUGAACUAAAAUAAAUUACAUAGGAUUUCCACAAAUCUCAUAUCAAACAUUGUAUGUUUAGCAUGUUAGAUAUUAGUAUUGGCCUGAAUUCUUGUACUGUAAUGCAGUUCAUGUUGCCUAUUUUAGUAUAAUUAUGUUCUUUGCAAGGAUUUUACUUCGUAAUUUAAUAGAAAAUGUUACAAGAUAGUAAUUUGAAAGGUUCAUGAGAUGGCUAUGUGCACCCUUGUGUUCCUACAUUUUUUUAAUAAUCUAUACAGUUGCUGGUACAGGUCCUAAGAUGAAGGAGAAUGUUCCAUCUCCAAUAUUUUUGAAUGUUUCACUUAUUAAAAUCUUAAUUGCAGUUUGUUUUAUUCAUUUGGAAAUGCCACAAAUUGAUCUUGUUAACCGCAGAAAACAAAGUUUCAAAAACAGGUUAUGCUAUUAGAAGCACUUUCUACAAAUCUGCUUGUUGCUUGUGGAUGAAGCAAUUUAAAAAUUGGUCCAACAAUCAGGACUACAAUAUGGUGGCAUGGUGGACUAUAUACAACUUAAAUUGCAUCAGAACUUAAAGCAGUUAUUUCCUGGCAACACUUUGUGAAGAAUGUAGAAUAAACAUUUCACUACAUGUAACUUUUUUAAACUAAUUUUAAUUAUUUAGUAAGUUAUUCGACAGCUUAAAAGAUUCUUUGUGAAGUAGAGCUUGUUUUCAGUCAAUACUCAAAUGAUGUUAGCAGAAGAAAGUAAAUUAAUUCAAGCAUUUUUAUUUAAAUAAAGGAAAAUUUGCAAAGGUUUACCAUAGUUGCAUAAUUGGUUAUGUUAUUAAAUAUGGGCUGGGGAAAGAAGAAAAUCUAUCCUAAUUGUUUAAACAGAAAUUGAAUUUCAUUAUUGUCACACCUAAGCUUUGCAAUGUAUUCCAAUAACAUCAUUUUUAGCAUGUGAUUUGGAUGUUGUGUUGUAGACCAACGGAAAGCACAUGGAUAGAGAUCAUGUUUAAUUAAACCUUACAAAACUAUUGGCUUGAUCAGCAAAA